GCCUCCUCUAUAAGCCCGAGGCCCUGGGCUUCUGCUGGACCCACAGAGGAGGCCGCCUGUUCCCUGCUCACCCAGGUCAGCUCGUCGGAAGGAGCCUGCCCAGCCCUGGCUGCAGCUCUAGCUGGCUGUGUAGGCUUGGCCCUCAAAGGAAAGUGAGAAUGAAGCUGGGAGGUUGGCCAGAAGGAGGACGGACCCAACCCACCUGCAGCAGCCCAGUCAGUGCUUGACCAUGACCGUCACCUACUCAAGCCAAGUGGCUAACGCCCGCUUAGGCUCCUUCUCCCGCCUGCUGCUGUGCUGGCGAGGCAGCAUCUACAAGCUGCUCUACGGCGAGUUCCUCAUCUUCCUGCUCAGCUACUAUGCCAUCCGCUGUAUUUAUAGGAUGGCCCUCACGGAAGGACAGCAGGUGAUGUUUGAGAAGCUGACUCUGUAUUGCGACAGCUACAUCCAGCUCAUCCCCAUUUCCUUUGUGCUGGGUUUCUACGUGACGCUGGUCGUGACCCGCUGGUGGAACCAGUAUGAGAACCUGCCGUGGCCCGACCGUCUCAUGAACCUGGUGUCAGGCUUUGUGGAGGGCAAGGACGAGCAAGGGCGCCUGCUGCGGCGCACGCUCAUGCGCUACGCCAACCUGGGCAGCGUGCUCAUCCUGCGCAGUGUCAGCGCUGCGGUCUACAAGCGCUUCCCCAGCUCCCAGCACCUGGUGAAAGCAGGCUUCAUGACCCCUGCGGAACACAAGCAUUUAGAAAAAUUGAGCUUGCCACACAACACGUUCUGGGUGCCCUGGGUAUGGUUUGCCAACCUGUCGGUGAGAGCUUGGAUCGGAGGUCGAAUCCGGGACCCUGUCCUGCUCCAGAGCCUGCUGGCGGAGAUGAACACCUUGCGUACGCAGUGUGGACAACUGUUUGCCUAUGACUGGAUUAGUGUCCCGCUGGUGUACACGCAGGUGGUGACCGUGGCGGUAUACAGCUUCUUCCUGGCUUGCCUGAUUGGGCGGCAGUUUCUGAACCCAGCCAAGGCCUACCCGGGCCACGAGCUGGACCUCGUUGUCCCUGUCUUCACGUUCCUGCAGUUCUUCUUCUAUGCUGGCUGGUUGAAGAUUUCCAGAGCCUCACCUACCCCCAAGGUGGCAGAGCAGCUCAUCAACCCGUUUGGGGAGGAUGAUGAUGACUUUGAGACCAACUGGAUUGUCGACAGGAGCUUGCAGGUGUCCCUGUUGGCUGUGGACGAGAUGCACCAGGACCUGCCCCCAAUGGAGCAAGACAUGUACUGGAAUGAUCCAGAACCACACCCUCCCUACACCACUGCUUCUGCCCAGUCUCGCCGACCCUCCUUUUUUGGCUCCACCUUCAAUAUCAGUCUGCAUAAGGAAGAGAUGAAGUUCCAGCCGCAUCAGGAGGAAGAGGAGGAGGAGGAGGAAAGUGCUCACAAUGGCAUCAUUGGCCGCUUCUUGGGGCUGCAGUCCCAUGACCACCAGCCCCCCAGGACAAGCUCAAAGACCAAACUACUGUUGCCCAAGAAAGAAGUCCUUCUCCCUGAGGGCCAGCCCGAGAGCCUCAGGGGGGCCAGAAAGAGCUCCAGGGACCAGGAUGAUGGCAAGGCCUGGAGGCUGAAGGGGGAGGAAUCCUUUACGUCUGCUGCACUGUGGGGGAGGUCAGGCUACCACAGUGCCCCACAGACACCUCUCGGCUCCAUCCCUAUGGUAUUCCCACCGGGACAGCCAGCAGCGUCAGGUCUUCGCAGGGUCUCCGGGGCGGACAGCACUGUCAAAGGCCAGGGCCUGCAGCUGGUGACCCCUGGGACCAGGAAGAGCUUUGACUCGCUCCCGGCGUUUUCUGGGGCCUCAGUGGAGCGCCUGGAAUUGUGUCACAAGAGGAAAACCGUUGAGUUUAACCUGACUGACGUAUCAGAAGCCCCUGGAGGUCACCUCAGAGAACCACACACACCGUCAACUAGCAGCGUACACACCACACUCAAAGGUCAUGAUGAUCCUUACUGGGCCUUGGAAAACAGGGAGGAAGCACAUUCCUAAGCCGUUUCCCAAGGGGGAUCGCUUUGCCGGCCUGGUCCUUCCUGCAUGUACACCAGCAGGACACUGAUCCAGUCGUAGUCACAUAGCCGUCCACACUGAGAAGUAUGUUCCCAUGACAGCCUGGAUUACAGUUAGCUCGAUGGGUACCAACAAUCAUGAGUUUCAGGACGACUUUUGUACAUAAAAAUAACGGAAGCUGGAACAAACCACUGGAAACGUGGAAUUCAACCAGGAGUCUUUCAGUCCUGCCUGCACUCCACACACCAAAGCCUUGGUAUCUUUUCCAAACUUGGAAAUUUAGUUUAACUAAAGGAUUAUUAAUAAACUAAGGAC